AUGGAAGAAUUGGGAAUUACUAAUAACUCAGAAACAGUAGUGGAAUCAAAGCUAUCUAACAUUAAAACUUAUGGUUCUUUGUUAUCUGAAUUAAAUAAGGACAUAUUAUCCAAGGUCAACAGCAAUUCAUUGUACGGGAAUACCGCCAAUUCAGAUAUUUACUUAAAACUAAAGAAAUUGGAGAAAGAAUAUGAACUAUUAAUUCUACAAGAAGAUUAUAUCAAGGAUGAACAACGUCAUUUAAAGAGAGAAUUAUUAAGAGCACAAGAAGAAGUAAAAAGAAUUCAGUCUGUUCCUUUGGUCAUUGGUCAAUUCUUAGAGCCUAUCGAUGAAAACACUGGGAUCGUUUCAAGUACAACUGGUAUGAACUAUGUGGUCAGGAUAUUAUCUACUUUAGAUAGAGAAUUAUUGAAACCUUCUAUGUCUGUCGCAUUACAUCGUCACUCUAAUGCCUUAGUAGAUAUUUUGCCACCAGAUUCUGAUUCAAAUAUAUCUGUGAUGGGUGACAAUGAAAAACCUGAUGUGACAUAUGCUGAUGUUGGUGGUUUGGAUAUGCAGAAACAAGAAAUUAGAGAAGCAGUUGAAUUACCAUUGACUCAGGCUGAUUUAUAUGAACAAAUCGGUAUUGAUCCACCAAGAGGCGUUUUAUUAUAUGGUCCACCUGGUACAGGGAAGACUAUGUUGGUUAAAGCUGUAGCAAAUAGUACAAAAGCAUCUUUUAUUAGAGUUAAUGGGUCAGAAUUUGUUCAUAAAUAUCUUGGUGAAGGUCCAAGAAUGGUUCGUGAUGUGUUUAGAUUAGCAAGAGAAAAUGCACCAUCUAUCAUCUUUAUCGAUGAAGUAGAUUCAAUUGCCACAAAGCGUUUUGAUGCACAAACUGGUUCAGAUCGUGAAGUACAGCGUAUAUUGAUUGAAUUAUUAACACAAAUGGAUGGUUUUGAUCAAUCAACAAACGUUAAGGUCAUUAUGGCCACCAAUAGAGCAGAUACGUUGGAUCCUGCUCUAUUAAGACCAGGUAGAUUAGACAGAAAGAUAGAAUUUCCAUCCUUACGUGAUAGACGUGAGCGUCGUUUAAUAUUUGGAACAAUUGCAUCAAAGAUGUCUUUAGCACCAGAAGUCGAUUUGGACUCUUUGAUCAUUCGUAAUGACGCAUUAUCUGGUGCUGUCAUUGCUGCAAUUAUGCAAGAAGCUGGGUUAAGAGCUGUAAGGAGAAAUAGAUAUGUUAUUUUACAAAGUGAUUUAGAAGAAGCAUAUGCAUCUCAAGUUAAAACAGAUAGUGACGUAGAUAAAUUUGAUUUCUAUAAAUGA